AUGUCUGAGUUUGACAAUGUUGACAAGACAAGGCUUGAGAAAUUAGCCAAUGACAUGUACCAAGAAAUGGAAAAAGGUCUUUCAGGGAAACAAUCAAGCCUGCUUAUGCUUCCGACCUAUAUACAUACCUUGCCAAAUGGUAGCGAGUCUGGAAACUUUUUGGCAUUAGAUUUCGGUGGGUCAACUUUUCGAGUCAUACUUGUGAAAUUGAUACCAAACAGUAGUCCUGUUAUAAAAUCAACGACAGUUUGCAUGGAGAGUAGAAUGAAAACUGUGGGAGGGGAAGAACUCUUUGAGCACUUGGCAGAUUGUGUGGCAAGCUUCAUGAAGAAGGAAAGUUUGGAAAACACCGAAAUUCCUCUUGGGUUUACUUUUUCCUUCCCAAUGCAACAAUCUUCAUUGUGCUAUGGUACAUUAGUUCGAUGGACAAAAGGCUUUUCGAACUCAGACGUGGUGGAUAAAAAUGUAGCAGAACUUUUAAACAAAGCUUUGGCUAAUAAUGAGGUCACCAAGAAAGUUAAGGUUGUAGCUUUAGCCAACGACACUGCAGGAACACUAGUGUCUGGAUGUUCUAAAUACGCUAACUGUCAUUCAGGAUUGAUUUUGGGAACUGGUACUAACGCUGCCUACACUGAGAAAGUGUCCAAUGUUCCGAAUAUCAAGUCUUCUGAGGAGAUGGUAGUAAUUAACAUGGAGUGGGGAAACUUUGGUGAGCUGGGCCACCUUGCUGAUCUACAAACUGACUACGACAAACAGCUUGAUGCUUCCAGUGUUAACGCUGGCAAGCAACUGUAUGAGAAGAUGAUUAGUGGCAUGUAUCUCGGGGAACUGACAAGACUAGCACUACUGAAACGAACUCUACAUAAAAACUGCAUCUUCGCCAGGAACAUCCCAGAUAUGCUUCACAAGGAAGACUCACUCGACGGAUCAACUGUCAGUGAUUGUAUUAAUUCUGAAGAAGAGUGUCGUGCCGUGUUCCCUACAGCGAGUCCUGCAGAUAUUGCUGUGGUGCGACAAGUUUGUAAUGCUGUUAGUAACAGGGCUGCUAAACUUGCUGCAGCAGGUGUCUACGCUAUCUGGCUGAAACGUGAGAAAGUACCGUUUACCGUAGCAGUGGACGGGUCAGUCUUCCUAAAACACGCUACGUUUGCUAAUGUAAUGAGGUCAACUCUCCAGGAGUUGAACUGCACUGUUAAUCUGGAAGUUGCCACUGAUGGCUCUGGACUUGGGUCGGCUCUUAUUGCUGCCAUCGCUUAGUAAUUCUUAUGUUAGAUAGUGGGAGGUGAAUAAUAGUGGGAGGUGAUAAGGAGUUGGAAUUACCGGAUUACGCCACAUUGCGGCACUAGAUUUAUUAGAGUCAAUUUAUAAUUUGAUUUAUAUUAAUAUUGUAAAUAAUGGGUGCACCUAAAAUGUUAGGAAUUGUUUAAACAUGUUAGGAAUUGUUUUUAUUGACUUUUACACAGGAUUUUACUUACGUUUUGACUUACGUAUCAUCCGAUACGUAAAA